AUGGCUUCUGAAUCUGAGAUCCGAUAUGGGUUUACCGCGGUGCCAUCGUCGGCAACCGAAGUACUAGCAGCCGCUAAGCCCACCUCUGCCGCACCCUUCAUCUCGGUCGCAGAUACUCGUACCCCCGAUACAGCCCUCGCGCACCGCAUCAACGCAUAUGCCCAGUCGCAUCUCCCAGAGCCUACCUACAAUCACUCGCUCCGCGUUUAUCACUUUGGCCUGGCGAUCAAGCGACACCUUUUCCCAUCCUGGAGUUUCACGGACGAGACAUAUUUCCUAGCCUGUCUCCUGCAUGACAUCGGUACUACCGAGGAGAAUAUAACCAAAACCAAACUGAGUUUUGAAUUCUACGGCGGUUUCUUGGCCUUGGAGGUUCUGCAAGCAGCUUCUUCUCCUUCAUCUGGGGAUGCUGCUCCUCGAGACCAAGCCGAGAGUGUCGUUGAAGCUAUCAUUCGGCACCAAGAUCUAUGUGAGAAGGGAAAAAUCACGGCGGUCGGGCAAUUGCUGCAGUUGGCAACCAUUUUCGACAAUACUGGUGCUUACAGCGAGCAUGUGCACCCUCAAACCAUUGAAGACGUCUCUCGUCACUUCCCACGCAAGCAAUGGAGUGGCUGCUUUGCUUCCACCAUCCGAAGGGAGAAUGGGCUGAAGCCGUGGUCGCACACGAGCACUCUAGGCGAGGAGGACUUCCCAAGCAAAGUUCUCAGCAACACUUUAAUGGCACCUUACGAGUAG